AUUUCAUUUCGUUGUAAUGCCAAAAGAGAGGGACCUUGGCUUCUUUACAUAAAAUUCUUGGCACUCAUUAAAUAGUAAUUUAGUGUAAUGUAAUUAAUAAAUUAUCUGCGUACAGUGAAUAAGCUUUCGAUAAAGUGAGGAAGAUUCUGAGAUGAAUUUUGCAGCAUUCUCAACAAUGGGUGCCACUGGCACCCACUUUGUGACUACGGGUGGUCAAAUACCUGUUGCAAAAUUACAACCAAACAUUUCGAAUAAUGGCAAUACACUAUCACAGGUGGUUGGAAUGGUGGGUGGUGUAGGAUUGAGUGAUGGUGUCCAGUACGUGCGUACUAUUGAAGGUGGUCUGCAAGCGGCGCCGCAGCUUAUAUCAGUCCCUAUAUCGUUACCUGGAGCCAAGCCUGGUGACCCGCAGCAGACCGUACAAAUUCAGGUCCUCAACCCUAACUUGACAAUGCAGCAACAACCAAAGUACCACAUGCAAAUACCUAUACAAGGUUUCCAACAAGGUGGAGCUGUUCUCACAGUCGCGUAUUCACCUGACGCCAACGAGGCCGGCGGCUUACAGCUAGUUGGACAGAAUGGUCUACCUGAAGGCCUACAAGUGGUUGCCGCUUUGCCGCCUGACGUGCAGUUAAUGCACGCGCCUGAUAACAAAGAUUCUAUACCACAGCAUCAGGUGUUCAUAACGCCGAACCAGCAGAUAAUAAUCAACAGCCCUGAAGAGCACAAGGUGCUAAACAAUAACACCAGCUCGGACAACAACAACCCCAACAUCAGCAUCGUCAUCAAGGAGGAGUGUGAUGAUGCAGUACACGAGGACGAGAGUUCUCAGGGCACUGAAGCAAGUGACUCCUCAUCGUGGCAGUUGAGCACCAGCAGCCAGCAAGAUCUUAUCAAGUAUCUCAAUACUCUGCCACCACAGCAAACGCAGCAGCUGCCGGUGUCGCUGCAGCAGUUCUUGCGUAUGAAUCCUGGUGAGGUGAAAGUGGAACAUAUCGAACACAUGGAUACCGAUGCACAAGAAGAGGAUAAUGGUAAAAAAGAUGACGCCAUCGCUGAGGCUGUGUUGGAUGAAGACGGCUCAAUCGUCAUAACGCAAAACAAGAAGAAGAAGAAAUACAAGAAAAAGCCGCCGCGUCCUGCUCGACCGAAGCCCGGGCAGGUUGUGAUUGCGACCGCUUCAGACGGCACCACCGUGUUCUGUUGCCCCGAGUGUCAGAUGGCAUAUCCGGAGAAGGAGCAACUGGAAAUGCACCUUAGUGUACACAAGAUAGAGAGGAGAUUCAUCUGCGGUAUAUGUGGUGCCGGGUUGAAACGCAAAGAGCAUUUGGAGCGUCACAAACUCGGUCACAACCCGGAGCGGCCGUACGUGUGCAGCGUUUGCCGGAAAGGCUUCAAGCGGCGGGAACACCUCAACCUGCACACGGUCAUACACUCCGGCGUUAAAACUGAACUGUGCGGUGAAUGUGGCAAAGGAUUCUACCGUAAAGAUCAUUUACGUAAACAUACGCGAUCGCAUGAGAGCAAGCGCGCGCGUGACGAGGCCAACGCGGACGUGGAGCUGAAGCCCGCUGCCCCCCCGCCCCCCAACCUCACCGCCACGCUGCCCUCCAACACGCUCUUGCCCGAGAUCACCAUACAUGUACCGACAAGUUCUAACGUGCCAGUACAGAUCAACAUACCUGAGCAUGUGGUGUCCUCAUUAGCGGCUGCGCAGGCGCAACAUCAACAAAGACAACAAACACAACAGCAACAGGACACGCAGAGUCAACUUGACGCGCUACUAGCGCAACACACGUGA